AUGAUGAAAAUUACAAUCUUUGCAUUAGCCGCUCUCGCUAUCGUGUGCGCGCUGCCGCAGGACCAGCAACCUCAACAAGCGCCUGUAGAAAUUGUAAAGCAAGAUUCGGAAGUCGAUAUCAACGGAUACAAUUUCGAGUUUGAGACGAGUGACGGAACGUCGAGACAAGAGCAAGGCGAAUACAAGAACGACACUGAGCAACAAGGCCUUUCUAUUAAGGGAAGUUACAGAUACGUAGCUCCCGAUGGCCAGCACAUCUCCGUGUCCUUCGUUGCUGAUAAAAAUGGCUACCAACCCACCGAACACAAAGGAGAUGAUGCCAAACCAGCCGACGCACAGUCUUAAAA